AUGGGUGGAAUAGGUAAGACAACUCUUGCUAACAAAGUGUUCACUGAUCCUUAUGUUGUUUAUCAUUUUCAUGUCCGUGGAUGGGUCACUGUUUCACAAACAUAUGACAAGAGGGAUCUGUUGAUUCAAGUUCUGUCAUCCAUAGAUGAUCAAUUAGAGCUUGAGAAACCAACGGACUGUCAACUCCGUGCAAUGUUGCACAAACGCCUAAUGGGUAAGAGAUAUUUAAUUGUCAUUGAUGAUAUCUGGAGUACAGAGGCAUGGGAUAAGCUGAAACUAUUUUUCUCUCAUCAUAACAUGGGAAGUCGAAUUCUGCUUACUAGUCGCCUCACGGAAGUUGCUUGGCAUGCAAAAUCAGAUGGACUAGUUCAUCAUUUACAACAUUUGACAGAAGAAGAAAGUUGGAAGUUGCUGUGUGAGAAGGUGUUCAAAGGAGAUGAAUGUCCCAAAUGGUUGAUUGAACCUGGAAAGCAAAUUGCAAAAAACUGUCACGGAUUGCCUCUUUCUGUGGUUGUGAUGGCAGGAGUUCUUGCAAAAGAACCAAGGAGUGAAGAUGUGUGGCUAAAAAUUUCUUGCAGUUUCCAUUCAUACAUUGCUAGUGACGAGAAAGGAUGUCUGGAAACAAUAGCAUUAAGUUACCACCAUCUGCCUCUUCACUUGAGAGACUGCUUUCUCUAUUUGGGAGGUUUUCCAGAAGACUACCCGAUCUCCUCACCAAGGUUGCUUUGGUUAUGGAUGGCUGAGGGAUUUAUACACGAAGAUGGAAGUCGAAGCAUGGAUGAAGUUGCAAACGGUUACCUGAUGGAUCUAGUUGACAGGAAUCUUCUAAUUGUAGAAAAAUGGUCUGUUUUGGGUAAUGUCAGACGUUGUAAAGUCCAUGAUCUUGUGAGGCAGGAAACAGGUGAGGAUCAGUUUCAACGGUUAAAAGUCUUGAGACUUAAGAAGUUAAAUAUCAAACAAUGGAAAGCCUCAAGCAUCAACUUUCCAUGUCUUGAACGAUUACGGGUGGUGAAUUGUGUUCAUCUUGAAGAGAUACCCCUUGAAUUAGGGGACAUCUCAACGCUCGAGUCUAUAUACAUUUUGAAUUGUGAUGCUUCUCUUCUCGUAUCCCUUCAAAGAAUACGAAAUGAGCAAGAUGAUGUGGGAAACUAUGAACUGAAGAUCAAAGUUGAUGGAAGGAAAAUGCCCUCUUGUGUACCCAAGCAUGAUGAUUAA